AAACUGUUAGACAUUUAAUAGGGUAAGGUAUUAAAACAGGAAAAAUGUCAUCUCAUCCACCAUCGCGGAAAAGCAACAAUAACGUGUGCCUUCAAGUACCAAAUGAAAAGUGCGGCUUUGAGUACGAAGAUGACUCGGUACGAAGCAGAGGAAUUUGGUUCGUACUGACCUGGCUAUUCGGAAUUAUUUGCAUCCUUCUGUUGGCUACCAUAGUGUGGAUGAGUGCCGUUGACAAAACAAAUGACAUUCGAAAAGACGAAUGCAUUCCACACAAUGACGUCAUUUCCGACGUCAAAAGUCAAGAACGCGGAAAACGAAGCCCGGAAUUAUCUCUAAAAUUCCGUAAAACAAACGGAAGUGACGUGUUUGAGGAACUAACGAAAGACGAAUUAGAUACGAUAGUGCGUUAUUUGCAUUCGGAUCCAAGUCUCAAUUUGGUUGCUCCAAACAAACCGGCGGUGAACACGAACUAUAUUCAUACUAUCGAAAUGAAAAUGCCCUACAAAGAUGAGGUUAUUGCGUACCUUAACGGCAGCAUCAAGAAGCCAGAGCGGGCGGCCACCGUAUUUAUAUUCCGUGGGGCAGAUGACCCGCCAUCGGUGGACGAGUACAAGGUUGGCAACAUUAACGGCAAAAUAUACGCACACUUGGUUCACACGGACAGGCGGCAUACGCACAUACCGUUUAUUUACCGUCCAUUUUCAACGGCAGAAUUCUUUUCAAUAUUCCGAUACAUUUUGCCGCAAGUGACGAAACAAGCCGGUCAUGUUCUAAAGGAAAGCUACGACGCGUUGCCAAUGAACUGCGAUAAAAAAUGCCUGAAGAUCUCGAUGGCCCCAGUAUCGAGCACGUUUAUUCCAGAAGGGAAGCGAAAAUCGUGGUUCUGGUUCCAGCAGGACAUUGAGUUUGCGUCCAUUCGUUCCUUAGAUUUUCAGUUCCUGGUGGAUACAACGUCAACCAACGCUUCCAACUGGAUAAUCGAGGACGUGUUUUACGCAAAUCAGAUGUUUCCGAAUUUGACAUAUUUCCUCGAAGAGUACGAAAGAGGCUCAAUCAACAAGACGAAAAUCCCUUUCCCUUCUGAAGAAGAGCAGACCUGGAGCACAAUGAAGUUCAGAACGCCUCUAGUACCGGAUGUACCGUUCCGGGCCCCGAGGCAGUUCGAACCAGACCAAAGGAGAUUCAAAAUCACCGAUAACGAAAUCCACUAUAUGGACUGGAAAAUACAUUUCAGAGUUUCGACCACAGGCGGGUUGCACUUGAUGAACAUACGUUUCGCCGGGGAGCGGAUCAUAUACGAGUUGAGCAUGCAGGAAGUGGUUGUCAUGUACGGCGGCAACAACCCCUACUCGAAAACAAUGAACUACGCCGAUGGCGCCGGUAUUUACGGCACUCGACACCGCGGUUUGCUUCCGGGAGUUGACUGUCCGGGUCAUGCUGAGUUCGUCAACAAUUACUUGUAUUCGUACAAUGAAGGCGGCGGACGGAUGUACGAAAACGCAUUCUGCGUGUUUGAGUUCAACACGCACACCCCGAUACGCCGCCACAGGGCGUAUGGUAGAUCCGGUGCGCUUUUUGGUGGGCUGGAGGGUAUAGUGCUGGUGGUUCGCUCUAUCAUCUCUGUUCUCAACUAUGACUAUGUGUUCGACUACAUAUUCUACCCCGUAGGCGCGGUCGAGGCAAAGGUGUCUAUGACAGGCUAUUUAGGCACGACCUUUUACUUUCCUGAAGAUCAUUUAUAUGGGACGCGCAUUCACGAACACGUUUCGGCACCGCUACACAACCACCUUUUCCAUUUCAAAGUCGACAUGGAUAUAAAGGGGAGACAAAACAGAUACGAGACCCUUAAUAUUAAAGUCCGGCAGGAAGAAGAUCAGUGGGUACAGGGUCGCACGGUGCACCAAGCUUAUGUCGUAAGAGAACUUAAAGAAACGGAACUUUCAGCGACAUAUAAGUACAAUUUUUCUUCACCCAAAGUGCACGUGUUUAGCAAUAAUAACGACAUAUCGCCGUUGGGGAACCCGCGUGGGUACCGAAUACAGAUACAAAAGAUGGCUAAGCAACUGCUUCCGGAAGGUUACGGGUUUGAGAAUGCAAUCUCGUGGUCGCGCUACCAGAUGGCUGUCACACGAUACAAACCGGAAGAAGACCGUAGCUCAUCCCUGUUCACAAUGUGGGACGCCAGGGAGCCGGUAGUGAACUUCCAGAAAUACCUUGAUGACGACGACAGUUUAGUUGAUGAGGACCUGGUCACGUGGAUAACACUUGGUACCCCACACUUUCCACAGACCGAAAACCUCCCUACGACUACAGUAGUUGGCACCCAGCUCUCAUUUCACAUCCUCCCGUUCAACUACUUUGACGAAGAUCCGUCUAUGCGGUCACGUGAUGCGGUCAGGAUAACCCCAUUGAAUGCGACACGUCCGCUAGAGGGCGCAAACGUAGAGCAAUAUGGCGCCUUAGAAAAUGUACAGUGUGUGCCGUGGCAUAAAUAUCCCAUGGAGCUUCUUAAAAAGAACAGUACUUUUUUGUUCUCUUAAAUAUGUAUAUCUUCGAUACAUGUAUGAUGUAUGCGCCAGUAUUAAUCAUUAUGUCUGUGGUAAUAACAUUCAAUCGCGUUAAUGCCAUGUCGUAUUUUUCUCGAAGAGGCAGCAGUGCGGUAUUUAUUUAUAUAUGUUAACUUUUUAUUUAUCUAUGUUGUCUUCAUGGACAAACGAGUCAUUUGCAUAAUGUGUUUAUAAAAAAAAAAUAUUGCGACAAAUGUUAAUUCUACAUGCAAAGCUUGAAUCAUAAUCCAUCUUUGUGCAUCAUAACUUGUAUAGUUGUUUAUAUAUAGACAUCUUACCGUACAUUUUUCUAAUUUCA